AAAUCUGGCUCUAUCUUUAUGUAUUGUUUGAGUGAGCCGUGUGCUGGGAGGAUCUCUGGUCUGUUGUGAUGUAACAGAGCAGCACAGAGAUUAAAACUGCUCCCUUUAUAUCAGCAGCUUCUGCUUCUGGUUCAGGCUCUGAACUCGGGGACAUGUCUAACUGAAGCUGACAGUUGCUCCCAGUGCUAACGUUAGCCGUCCCGUCAGACUUGACGACGAAGGAAACGACGAAGUGUCCCAUUUUUUUUUUGUUGUUGUUGUUUUAUUUUUUAUUUUUUUUUAUGUCACACGGAUGAAAUAAAUGCUCUCCGGGGAGACCCGUAUGUGUCUGACAAGAGGACAGAGAUGUGUCUUGUGGACUCGGACGUCUUGUCGAAGAGGACAGACAACAAGGACUAACGUCUCCAGAUGAACAGCAGUUGUGUGUGUGUGUUGAUGUCCUGAAGAAGAUGUUGUGCUGCGUGAUUGUUGGCUAGCCUCAUAGUUUGUCACAGCGAGCGUAUUUUAGACAUUAGCUACUGAGUGUCCACCAAGGUGCUGUUAUUUACACAUAACUGUUAGCAUGCUUUCUGAGACCUGUUAUGGGUAGCAGCUAUGAUGCUAGGUGUAGCCACAGGGUUAUGUCACUGUCAGGCUAACAGAUAGCUCGGUGUGUGUGUGUGUGUGUGUGUGUGUCUGCAGCAGCUUCGGUCUUUGCAUGGUCCUGUCCACCAGGCUUGGCAUCAUGUAGACUGUCCCUCUGAACAGGUCAGCCGUCUGGGGGACGCAGAGUAUGUCAGCGAGCCUCCUCCUCGGAGCGUAAAGCAGAGCUGGAUCGCAGCCAUCCAGGCGGGUCAGAGACUGGCAGCUGGCACUGGUGCAUUUUAGCUCAGGGUUUGUCGAUAGCCAUGCCCGACACCGUCUGCUCCGUGUGAUAUCACAAACAUCCCAGCCUACUUGGAGGGCAUGUGAAUGCAUCAUGUCCUGGCUGCAUGUCUUAUUUAUGCAACAUCAGAGCAGCCUGUCAUGAAAUAAUCCCGCAGUGCGAGAAGCAUCUUCAUCUGGACUGAGUGGAUAUUUUUUUGCUCCAGGAUUCCAGUCUACUAUUUAGCAAUUUAUAUAUAUAUAUAUAUAUAAAUAUAUUUUUUUUUUUCCUGAAGAGGACAGCAUCAUUCAGGGCUGUCCACUAGCGCCCAGCAUCAGCUGGACCGUCAGCCGCGGACAGUCACAAUGGAAACCGUGGGAGAUUUUGAGUACAGCAGAAAGGACCUGGUUGGACAUGGAGCCUUUGCUGUGGUGUUCAAAGGACGACACAGGAAGAAGACUGAUUGGGAAGUGGCCAUUAAGAGCAUUAAUAAGAAGAACCUGUCCAAGUCCCAGAUCCUUCUUGGCAAGGAAAUCAAAAUCCUGAAGGAGCUGCAGCAUGAAAAUAUUGUGGCACUUUACGAUGUUCAGGAAACGCCCAACUCGGUUUUCCUGGUCAUGGAGUACUGUAACGGAGGUGAUCUUGCCGACUAUCUGCAAGCUAAGGGGACGCUGAGGGAGGACACCCUGAGGGUUUUCCUGCAGCAGAUUUCUGCCGCCAUGCGCAUCCUCAACAGCAAGGGAAUCAUCCACCGCGACCUGAAGCCCCAGAACAUCCUGCUGUCGUACGUGGGUCGCAAGAAGUCCAACAUCAGCGGCAUCCGCAUCAAAAUAGCUGACUUUGGCUUUGCACGGUACCUCCAGAGCAACAUGAUGGCAGCUACUCUAUGUGGGUCACCCAUGUACAUGGCCCCAGAGGUCAUCAUGUCCCAGAACUAUGAUGCCAAGGCUGACCUGUGGAGCAUAGGGACGGUUAUCUAUCAGUGUCUGGUCGGCAAGCCACCGUUCCAGGCCAACAGUCCCCAAGACUUACGGAUGUUUUAUGAAAAGAACAAGAACCUACAGCCCAUCAUCCCGAGGGAGACAUCCCCACAACUUAGUGACCUUUUGCUUGGACUGCUGCAGAGGAAUCAGAAAGACAGAAUGGACUUCGACACGUUUUUCAGCCAUCCUUUCCUCGAGCCUUCGUCCACCAUUAAAAAAUCGUGUCCAGUGCCGGUCCCCAGCGCCUCCAACGCUGUGACGGACAGUUCCUGUGGCAGCUCCCCAUGCAUCCGAUACAACUCUCCUCCCUCUCUGCCAGACAUGCAGACUCUUGCAGAAGAUGGUCUGUCGUCCCCUCCGCUCGGCCCACCCAACUUCCUGCAGCUGUCCAAAGAGUCCGCAGGAAGCACCAGCAGUAAGAACUCCUCGUGUGACACUGACGACUUUGUCUUGGUGCCUCACAUCUCUACUGACAGUUAUGACCAACCGAUGGGAGCGGGUCGCCGGCCGUCCAGCGAGUUUCUCAUGUGUGGAGGUCAGCCGCAGCCCAUCCCGGGACAGACCCCCAUGGUGUCCCCACGGGCUGAGACCACCCCCAUCCCGGUCCCCACCCAGGUCCGCAACUACCAGCGCAUCAAGCAGAAUCUGUCCAGCAGUCCGACCACCACGCUCUACAGCUCCCCCAGGUCCGGCACAGUGAGGCGUUCCAAUACCAGUCCGAUGGGGUUUCCCAAGGUGGGUUCGGCCUCGCCCGGCUCCGCAGACGUCCCUCAGAGCGUGGGCCGGCGACUUUCCACAGGCAGCUCUCGGCCUUACUCCCCUUCACCUCUCGUGGGGACCAUCCCUGAGCAGCUGGGACACUGCUGCUGCCACCUGCAGAACCAGGAGCCUCGUAGCCGCAGCUCCUCAGGAGGUUCCCCUGUCCCAGCCUCUCAGCUUCUCGGCGCUCGGCUCCAGAGCGCCCCCACCCUGACUGAGGUCUACCAGACCAGGCAGAAGCUCCACAAGCAGCUGUCGGACCCCGUGCAGCCUUCCUCCUCCUGCAGUCACUCCCCGCAGUUCGGUCGACCGGCCAACCUCGGUUCCUCCCCCACCAAGUUGCUCGGAUCCUCCCCUCGCACGUCCGACUGGUUGCAGAAGUCCCCGCUGCCCACCAUCAUUGGAUCCCCUACCAAGACCAUCUCAGCACCGUUCAAGAUCCCUAAAACACAGGCCUCCUGUAACCUGAUGGCGCUGGCGGAUAGCCCCAUACCCACUAAGACGUUGGCGGAUGCCAGAGAUAUCUGUGCCCACCACUGCAGCCCGUACCUCACUGGACGGGCAGCUGCCCCGGAGGCUAGCAGAACCUUUGGCAGGUCUGUCAGCACUGGUCGUCUGUCUGACCAACCAAUCAGAAUCAAUUUGGGUGGACAGGCCUAUCAGGGCAGCACUGACAGCCUGAACACUGAGAGGCCCAUGGACACAGCCCCUGCAGGUCCUACCGGGCUCCAUCAGUGUGGGUCAGCGAGUCCACGUACUGUGCUUUUCACUGUGGGUUCACCACCCAACAGCAGCACGCCUCCCACCUGCAGCCACCUGGGCACCCGGCCUCGCACUACUUCAGUGGGUUCCAACAGCUCGGCCGGCUCCCUGUGUUCCACCAGCGGUCGGGUCUAUGUCGGAUCUCCCCCCGGAAUGGCCAUGGGCUCCUCUCCGCCUGGAGGGUUUGGGGGUGCGCAGGUUGUGCCUGGAGCAGAGGGGGGACCCAGCAGCCUGCGCUUCGUCCCCUAUGGGACCUCCCCCCCCAGCUUGGAGGGAUUCAUCACCUUUGAAGCUCCAGAGCUUCCUGAGGAGACACUGAUGGAGCGUGAGCACACAGACACCCUGAUGCACCUGCGGAUGAUGCUGUCGUUCACGGACUGCGUCUUGGAGAUGGCCGCGGUUCGCGCCGGCGGGACGGAGCUCGGAGUGUCAGCCGCCUCCCUUUACCCCCCCCAGGACAGCGUGGUUGUGGACCAGAUCAGCCAGCUCAGCAAAGAGUGGGGGCAGGUGGAGCAGUUGGUGCUCUACAUGAAGGCUGCUCAGCUGCUGGCGUCCUCCCUCCAUCUGGCCAAGGCUCAGAUUAAAUCCGCCAAGCUCAAUCCUUCCACUGCCGUCAAACAGGUGGUGAAGAGCCUGAAUGAACGUUACAAAAGCUGCAUCUCCCUCUGCCGGCGGCUCACCGACAAACUCAACCACUUCUUCUCCGAUAAGCAGCGCUUUGUGGACGAGAUCAACAGCGUCACUGCAGAGAAGCUCAUCUACAAUCACGCCGUGGAGAUGGUUCAGUCAGCGGCUCUGGAUGAGAUGUUCAAGCAAACGGAGGACAUAGCCUACCGCUACAGCAAGGCCGCCAUGCUGCUGGAUGGCCUGUCCAAGAUCCUGCAGGAUCCCACUGACAUUGAGAACGUAGUCAAGUACAAGGCCAGCGUGGACCGCAGGAUCUCAGCUCUGUGCUACUGUACUGUCACACUGUAUGAGUAGCUGCCUCACACACACAAACACGCGCAGAGGGACCACGUCCUAAGACUAUUGACUACCAUCCUCACGCUCACCGAGCCCUCAUUCCCUCCCGUAGCAGUUCGAGCACUUUUCUUUUGUGAGGUUUCGUCUGUGUCCAUCAUCGUUGUGUUUUUACUGGCUGAACUGAACUGUGACCGGUGCACAAAUUUACAACCAAAGAUGACAACGGAUCAGAAACGAAAGGCUGAAAGCAGCCGUGGACGUUAAAGGAUGAUCUCUUGUGGUGUGCUUUUUUUUUUUUUUUUCUAUUAACACUUUGAUGGGUGAACACCAUCGGAUCCACAUGUAUUCUGGCUAUCAUUUGUUUUUACAAAAAAGGAGGAUUCACGCGGCUAUGAGACAAUGGUCGGGGCUUCGAACAGACGCCACGUGAGGUGGUUCCUCUUUUUUAAACUCUCUUAUUAGUGGUAUUUUAGUUGUUGUUGUUCUUAUUUAUUGUUUUAGAUGAACGUGGGGUCUCCUACCUGUCUUGAAAACCUCAAGUAUUAGAGGAAGGAAGAAGAAGGAAGGUGGAAUUAACAAAAGGCUUACGGCCGUUCACGGAAACACAUUCAGCUUGGAGACUCUGUGUGGACUUCAGCGUAAAAACACAAGCUUCUGUUACAGAAACGAAACAGCCAUGAGAGCAAAGGAACCUGUACAUUUGUAACUGCCUUGUUUUGAUUUAGAUUUUUUUUCUUGUGUUGUUAGCUCAAGCACUUUAUUGUGGAUUGAGAGGAGGAGAAAACAGGGGGGAAGGUUUUCUAAUCUCCAGCUCCUGCCCUCGAUACCCACUCGCUCUGUGUUGAUCAACAAGUCUGCAGAAGUGCAUACAUUUCCCAGAAGACAGGCCGGCGAAGAAAACAGCUCAAACUGACCGUCGAAGACUAUCAACGAUUAACUGAAUGUGUAAUAGCAACCACUGUUAUAGCUCACGGAUGAACAUUCGUCGAGGUAAAGGGACAUUCCACUGAUUCUGACACAUCAGGAUGAGCUUAUCCAUCAUCUGAGUCACGAAAACUUCACAGUUGAUGUGGACUUGGAAGGAAAUAUUCAUUUGCAGUGCAUAGAAAAUCUAAUUGUGUGGCUGUGAUAGGAAAUAGAGGCUCUGGGGCCUACAAGUUCUGCUGCUACAAUUUCGAAAAAAGGUUUUCCAGCUUCCUUUAUGUGUUACGCUAAAUCAGUGGAAUAUUCCUUUACCUCCGUAGAUGGAUAGUCAGGUUAUUUCAGGCAGUUCCUUUGCAGCUGUUUUCAGGUUUUUAUGUUGUUCAAGUUACUACUGACAGAGUGACAGAUGCAAACAUCUAAUUAGUAUCAUUUACAAAAACAAUAACCCAGUAGUGGUAUAACACAUAGAUGCAUAUAGAGAAAAGCUUAGUUUCGCUCAUAUCGGCUUCAUAUUUAUUUUUGCACUUGCCUCGCAAGGCUGACAAAAACGCGUAGAUACCGUUCACAAUUUCUCACCACACUGUUUCCUGCUUGAAUCAUAGGAAUCCACAAGACUUGAUUGCUUGGUCAUGUUGCUCACAGUGAGGGUGGGUGGAGGAGAUGGGGGGGGGGGGUUUCUCUGCUCACGUUUGUCUCUAGGCUCAGAAAGCGAAAACCUGAGCGAGCGAGGCCGUUCUGCCGUCACCACUACAGCUCUGGACAGCCGGUCAGGCGUCCUCCUCGAACCCAGACGAAGUGAAACCGCGAACGGUCAGAUUACUUGACGAGUUACCUUAAUAAUACGUUUCAUUUCACCGAGAGAAACUGCAGCUUUUUAUGUUCUGUAGCUAAUUUUUUAUUUUUUUUUUUAAAAACAAAACUUGAUGUUCGCGAACUUGUGUAUAUAUUUGAAUGUGACGCAUGUGGUGGUUCAUUUCCCGCCCCCUUUUUUUUUAGGGGACGGGAGUGAGAGUGUGUGAGAUUACAGUUUGAGGGGCGUGGAUGCUGCCAUCAGCCCGUCAGACAAAGAGCACAAAUCUUUAUAUGUAGAUAGAAGAAUAUGUAUAGAUUUUAUUCAUGUCUGCCAAGGGUUUCAUAAGGAGAACCUACGUUGGCACAACAGGAGUGUGCCAAAGACUAUAAUAAAACUUGAGGCAGCUCCAACACUUUCCAGAGAACUCUUUCUACCAGGACUUUUCAUUGUUGAGAUCACAUUUAUUCAGAGGUUCUUAUGAAAUGUCGUGAAGUGAGCGCGAUGUCUCCGGGCUUCGUGCUCACUUCCCCUGAACUUUGUGAGACUUGAUUCGUCACAAUCUGCACUGCCCUAAUGUCCACUCAAUGUCCCUGUCAAGUCGUCUGCUGUGCUACCAACGGUGUAUGUACUGUAUGUAUGAGUGUGUGUAUAUAUACACAUGUGCACUUGCCAGGUGUGCAUUAAGGCCAGUAGUAUUGAAUUUAGUGAUGGAAAAGGAGGUGCCUUCUUCCUGUGAAAGCAGACAUAGGCCUACUCCUCUGUACAGGUGUGAAUACAUUCUUUUUCUGUGUAUAAAAAAAAAAAAGAAAAAAAGUGUAAAUACAUUCACAGGUGGUCUAUGAGCCUGCUCCUCUUAUGUACUGUUCUUUUUUCUAGACAUAUCCGGGUUUCAGUUAUUCCUCAUUGUUGUCAUGAGCACUCUGAACCACAUGAAGCCUUGUACUGCACACAGAGUGUGGAGGGACAAAUAAAGCUGAUAGAACCCCUCCGACCCCCCCUCGGAAGCUUCGCUCUGUACCAUUUAUUGGACUGUAAAUGAAGACGGACUGUUUCAGAUAAAGCAUGGGUACCAUGUCUGCAUCUUACCCCGUAGAACCUCUAGAAUGUUGAAUGUACGUACCCUGUCGUUUUGCGCCUCUCCAGCUUGAUCUAAAUGCAUUUUGAAGACCUCCCCCCUUCCCUCCCCGCCGUCAGUCACGCCCCCUGAAGAUGCAACGCUUUCCAAGCACCAGUUUUUCAAAGAAAUGUCAUACGUGUCUCUCACCGAGGGGUGUCUCUCUCUUUGUUCUUUAUGGAACUCAGAUACAGUCUUUGUUAUUAAAACCAGAAAAGAAUGAA